GUUUAUCUCACUUAAACGUAAAGUAGUAAAAGGUUUCAAAAAGAAUGUGUUCUUGUUAAAAACUUUACAGUAUUAGGAUACUCAUUUUUAAAUUUUCUUAGGUUUUCCUGUACAUUUCAUAAUCAAUAUAUCAUAUCUGACCACAUAUAUCGCCUACAUGUUGCAUUGUCGUGAUUUUAUUUUCAUCGUACUUGUUUCAAAAGGGUGCAGUCACAACAAAAAUAAUACGCAGUGGUUAUUACGGAUCUGUUUACUUUGAUUCCUGAAAUGUCCCAUGUGAACAAAGAUUGCAACUAUUAAUUAAAUGGAUGUAAUUAAAUGGCUGUAGAAUCAUCAUAUAACAUGUUUAAAGAUGACACGAUCCACAACAAGAAAUACAGAGCCUGGGUAAGGGCCGGUCUAGCAUUAAAGUAUCUAAAAGAAGGCAUAACGGACGCCUUGGAUGAUAGUUGUAGGAAACAGCAUGCUGCUUUCAUCUCGGACAUUUACAAACAGCAAGGAGCUAAGACCUUUGGCUGUGACAAGUGUUCCCUUAAUACUUUGUUACCGUUACAUUGCACGAAUAAAAAGGGACAGUGUCCACAAGCAAAAAGGCAAAAGUGUAACUGCAUACUAGAAAAUGGCAGGAAGCCGUGCCCCACAAAUUUCUGCAGUUCAAUGUAUGAUGCCAUAACGAAAUGUCAUCGGUUUGCGUCUCCGAAUUGGAAGAACACAAACAUACAUGAAUGGCACAAUAAUUACUGGGAGAUUGCCAAGUGUUACAUCUCAGCGGAUGGUUACAAGCACGUGUUGAAUCCUGCAACUACUGACCUUUCAGCUUUGCUAUGUAUUCUUGUGAACAACAUGGAUUUACAAAAUGCUUUCGACCUCCCACUGAAUGAAAUUGUUCCAAAGAUCAGAAAAUUCCGCAACGAGACGCUACAUUCAACAAGUAUGGAACUUAAUGAAUAUGAAUUGAAAGAGAACAUAAGCUACAUGACUGAUAUACUUGGUGAUAAGAAACAAAUGACCAGCAGAACUGAUGCACAAAACGCUUUGCGUAAAUUAAUCGCGCUAAAAAAUGACGAUAUCAUUAUAACUAUGGAAAACGAAGCUGGAGUUUGUAGGGCUGCGAUGACGGCGUUAGAAGAGAAGGAAAGAAAAUUACAUGAUAGUUUACAGACACCAUGGGAGAUUAGCAAUUCCGGUGACAAUGUGGUUCAAGACAAAAUAAACACGGAUUAUAUGGAAAGGAAAAAAGAACUGCAAACAUCUCUAAUCACUCUGUAUAGACGACGUUACUUUAACACACCCAUUAUACCCAGUUUAUUUGAACACGAUAACGGUGCUUCUGCAUGGUAUGUGCAGCCAGAAAUGGUUGUUGAGUACCCAGAAACAGAAAAAGAAGAUAAACGAAAAGUUGUCAAGUUCUUUAGAGAUAUAUUUUACACUAAUGAAAAGAGAAACAAGACAAUCUACAUUUUAGGAGACGCUGGAGUUGGAAAAACAACAUUUAGCAAACGUAUGAUAUACAGGUGGUGCAAAAUACACGAUGACCAGUGUGCAAAUGGAAAUUUGGGAAAUAACGAUGACGAUCUAAUACUCAGUGAAUUUGAUUUUUUGUUCUUUAUUCCUCUUUGUCAUGUGCAGGGAACCCGCCACGUUCAUGAUAUGAUAAAAGAUGAGUUACUACAUGGGUCUGACAACAAAUUGCUGAAUAAAAUGCUUGAUACACAUUCCGAAAAAUGUUUGAUCAUACUAGAUGGCUUAGAUGAAUGGACUCCCGACAAUGGUAGCAUGCAUAACCGAUGGCGUCAAAUGCAGAAUGAAACCAUUCCACAAGUAGGUACUUUGCAAAACUAUACAGUGCUAACUACUACUCGACCAUGGAAAAUGGAUGAAAUCCGUCUGAAUACAUUUGAACGUGGUGUACAUAUACGAAUGACGGGACUGUCCGACGAAUCCGUCAGUAUUUUUAUUGAAAGCAUGGUUAGCAGUUUGAAUAUACAGUCUACUCAUGACAGGCAUUCAUCAGAAUUCAAGAAAAUGAUUAGCUGUAGUCAUCUUGCGUCUCUUCAACAGAUACCAAUAUUGUUAGUGCAACUAAUUUGUUUAUGGUAUGACGACAAACAUUUCAGGAACUCAGUCUGUGAGAUUUACAGCAAUAUCGUAGAAGUAAUGCUGAAGAUGGCUACAGAGAAACGCAUGCCUCUUAAACAAAGCCCAGCCCCGAAACCCCAGAUACAAAGGCUACCAGCAUGUUUUGGUCGGACAGUGUGUUGCCAAGAAUACAAGGGUAUGCUUCAUAAACUUGGCGCUAUCGCAUUACACACGCUGUGUUAUGAGCAUGUUAAUGCUAGUACGAAACAAUUUAGCAAGAGGGAAAUGUUAAAAAUGUUGACGCCCGAAGAGGUUUACUGGUGCUUGGCUACAGGAGUAUUGACAGAGACAAGAUCAAAUGUAGAAUCUUCCCUAACGCAUGCUCGAUCUGAUAUGUCUUUUAUUCACAAAUCUUUUCAAGAGUUUUUUGCUGCCAUUUAUAUUUCGACCGAAAAGGAUUUUCAGACUGCCAGGGAGCAAGUACCAGUCUGUAACCAAGUCCGCUGCAUUUCUGAUAUGAAAACUUUCUUUGUUUUUGUUUCUGGUAUGAAUCCAUUCUUAGGACUGUACCUUCUAGAGGAACUUCAAGAUGGCACUCAUUGUACGUGUUCAAAGCAUGACGAGAAACUACAGAAUUUGAAAAUUGCAUGCCAUCACGAAAUAGAGGCUACUAGGCCUUUGUAAAUAUUUCCAUACUUAUCUUAAUUGAAAUUGAGGCGUUUUCAACAAAACAGACUAUGUUGCCACAAAGAGGACAUCUGACACCAUUAAUAAUUUAUCAGUUAUUUAGAUACCAGUCGCCUAAAGAAGACUUUCAUAAUGAAAGCUAUUUGAAAAUCAUUCAAUUAGAAAACAAUUGUGCCAAGAAAAAAUUAACUAUGACGUGGAACUGCAACAUUUUCAGGUGUUUCACUCUGACUUCAUGUGAAUUAGACCAAUAAUCAUCUAUGGCAUUACAAAGUGUCAUUAGGAGUGAUAUCAAUGCGCAUGUUUUUCUUUGCAAUAAAAUUGAUGAGGACUUGCAGACUGCGCGAAGCGUGUAACAGCAAAUAAUCAGUUUUGAAGUAUGUUUAAAUAGACUCAUUUCUGAUAUGAAACCAUUUUGAUGACUCUACAAGAAGAUGGUUCCCAUUAUAAACGGUUUGCAUCAUUAUACGCGUAAAAGUUUAAAGGAAUUAACACCAUAAAUUGCAAAAAAAAGGUUGAGGUUAAAGAAUUGUUUACGAGUACUAGUGAAUUUUUUAAUAUUUUGAAUUAACCAUCAAUGCCCUUGAAAUAUCUGCUACAAAAAUGGAUUGAAAUUUAAAGCGUAUGAUUUGCAAAGUGACAUUAUAAACAUUGUUUAAAUGUUUGAUAUUAUUAGAUGGCCUAAAUGAAAGAACUUUCGGCAAUGUUGGCAUAUAUCACCGAUGGCGUUAAAUGCAGAAUGAUACAAUUCCACAAGAAGUUAGUUUGCAAAACUAUACAGUGCUAUCUACUAUUCGACCAUGAAAAAUGGAUAAGAAUCCAUCUGAGCACCUCAGAAUUGAUUUACACAUCCGAAAGACUGGACUGUCAAUAUCUUUAUUGAAAGCAUAGUUAGCAGUUUGAAUGGUCAGUUCAGACGGAGACAAGAUUAAAUAUAGGAUCCUCCCUAAAGUAUGCGCGAUCUAAUGUGUCUUUUAUUCACAAAUCGUUCCAAGUUUUUUUGCUGCCAUUUAUAUUUAUGAAGAGAAACUACAGAAUAUGAAAAUCGCAUGUCAUAACGAAAUAGAGGCAAUUAGGCCUUUGUAAAUAUUUCCAUUCUGAUCGUAAUUGAAAUUUAAGUGUUUUCUUCAAAAUAGACUAUGUUGCCACAAAGUGGACAUCUGACAUCAUCAAUAACUUAUCAAUCAUCUAGAUACAAGUCACCUCAAGAAGAAAUUCAUAAUGAAAGCUAUUUGAAAAUCAUUCAAUUAGAAAACUGUUGUGCUAAGAAACAAAUAACUAUGACGUGGAACUUCAGCUAUUUCUGAUGUUUCACUCUGAUUUCAUUUGAAUAAGACCGAAAACAACAUCUAUCUUGAAAAUUAAGUGUUUUUGGAACGUGACUUUCCCUGUUGGAUAUUCUUCCUUGUUUUUCUGUUGCCAGAAAAGGAAGAUGUUACAUGUUUAAUCGAAUAUCUAGACGUAGGUCACAUAAUUAAAGAAGAAGUUCGUUAUGAAAGCUUGUAGCUAACAAGUGUGCUUACGGAGAAUUGGAAGAAAAAACUAUGACGGGGUACUACAACAUCUUCUGGUUAUUCAAUAAUCUGAUUUCUUGUGAAUUACAGACUGGACAAAACACAUAUGGCACUACACGUGUUGGCAAUGCUAAUACGUACUUGCAAACGGCGCGAAGUGUGUGAAAGCGUACCAAUUUCGACAUCUAUUUAAACGGACUCAUUUCUGAUAUGAUAUACCAGAAGGCGGCUCUCAUUAUGAAUAGUUUGUAUAAUUUUACGUGUCAGCCUUUUGUAAAAUUAGAAUAAUUUACAAAAAGCUGAGGUUACAGAACUGUGAACAAAUAUUUAUUUCAUUGCCAUUGAUUUUUUUUUUCACGGUACAAAUUGUGUAUUUGACGUCGUAACAAAAAACGUGUUACUGUCCUUCAGUUUAUCAGUUUUAAUUAUACGUAAUAUAAACUCGAAAAAUGUUAGAUAUAUUUUGGACGGUACAAAAAAGAUGAUGACAAUGGACUAUCAAUAGAAAAAGUGGAAACUCCACAAGUCUAAUAACAGUGACAUUGAAAAAAAAAUACAAAGUUGCCACCAAUUCCUCUAUCCGUGUGUUUUAAUACGCACGUUUAAUACGCACAUAUAUAUACUGUACUGGAACAUUUUACGAAAAAGGAUAUGUAGAUAUGGUUACUGGGGAACAGGGUCUAAAGUUUUCUUCCUUUUACAUGAUUUGAAAGAAACUAAAUGAUGUUUAAAGGUAUUUUAUUAAUGUACAUAAUGUUAUGAUUUUAACUUACGUCGCUUGUGUAACCAGUUUACUUUUAAUUAAAUAAAAUGUCUUAAAGAUUGUU